CUUCGCGUAUUCUGUUGUCGGUUUCUGAACGCUAAGCAUCGCUCUAACUCUGUCUUUCGCAACAGAUUGGAAAUUUAGAAAUUCAUCGCUUUUUCAUUUUGUUUUGUUUAAUAUUUAGUUUUAUUGUUGAUAAACAAAUUUGCCAUCCACCCAAAGGUAAUACCAUAAAAUAGGGCAAUGGCACCCAAAAAGCAUUCCGGCUUUAUGAUGUACGUCGCGGAGUUUCGUAGGAAAAAGGGCGAGGGUCAACGAAUGAGUAUUCCCCAAGCCGUAGCUCAUUGCGGUUCAAUUUGGAAGAAUAUGACCGAUCAACAGCGUGGCCCUUACAUUUCAGGCGCCAAGAAUGCCGGUGUAGUAGCACGUGCCCGACCCCGGGCCGCGCUCAAUUGUCAUGGUGAAGCCAUUGACGCCCGUGAGAAGGAGGAGCGAGAUGCAGCCAUCGAAAUUGGCACCAUGAAGCGCGAUAUCGAGCGCAUGGUUCGUGAGGGCAAAAAACGUCUUGAUCUGGAGAAUACAAAAUUUAUGUUCGUCUCGUUUAAUUACUUUGUUAAGGCUGUAAAUACCGAUAUUUAUAUACCCGCUGAAUUUUCAGCUUGUGAAUUCUCAUUGAAAACUGGUGUUAAUUCUCUCUAUAGCACCAUGAUUGAUCCAAGCCAAUUGAUAUUUGGUCAAACAUGCGAUGCCAUGCUAUAUGCCGCUGCCACUCAUCAGUUGCCAUUGCCACCUGCAGCUUUGGGUGAAUCAAAAAUGACAAAAUUAUAUCACAGUAUACAGGAUUAUUUGCGUAGUCGUUUGGAGCGCACUGAUAAAAAUUUAAAGUCAUUGGUGGUCUUCACCAAAACCGAUGAUAUAGAUAUGGUUAAGUCAUGUUUUCGUUUUAUUAAAUCUGGAUAUCACGACGAGCAAAGUAAACGUUACGACGAUGAUAAUGAUGAAGAGAAUGAUCAGUUUAAGUUUUUUGAAGCUGCAGCUUCAAAAUUCUUGCCCAUUGUCGUUUAUGAUAUACAAUAUCUAUUCUUGGCACUUAAACUAGCAGCUAUGGACAUUGGCGGAUUGACUCUUCCAAAGCCAAAUUUAUAUAUAACCGAUGCAUUCUUUUCACGUGAUUUUUAUGAAUUUCAAGAUGGGAUUGCUUGUUGGUUCCAUGAGGACAUGGAUCGUUCUAAAUAUUGCACUCAGAGUAAAGUGAAACGUUGGGCAUACACAUUCUGCGAUUAUAUGUGCGCCGAUUUGGCAAUUAAAAUGCAACCUGGCAAACAUAUGCCACCCUCUUAUAAAGCAACAGCCGCCCUUAUUAAAUUCGAAUCAGAUGCUUCAGUCGAUUCAUUUUUCUCGCUAAGAACGGCUUCAGCCUUGACCUUGGAUACGGAGGAUCGAGACCAACCUUCGCCCACUCCAAGCAUCAUUUCGACGGUUGGUAGUCUCACAUCUAUGAAUACAGUUCCUUUACUUGAGGAGUCAGACACUGCGAGUUCCAAGAAGUUGCGCCAUCUGACUUAUUGGAAUAGAAAUGCCCGGCGUACGUUAAAGAAAUGCCAUGUGAUGCGUACCGAAAGAAAUGAUCCCAAAUUUCUUGAAACUAAUCAGUCUGUAGAUGAGUUCACCGAUGAUGAGUUUAACGUAUCAAUCAGCGAUAGGACAUGGACUCUUACUUAAAAAGGAAAAUGAUUUCCAUUCUGUCUAAUUCUCCCUUUUUCUUACAUAAUCAGUGAAUUAUUUUUUUGUUUUUGUUUUUUACCUCUUAAUUACCUCUUCUCAUACUUAUUUCAUCUAUAAUAUCCUAUUGAAAAGGAUAAAUAAGGUAUUUUUAGUUUAAUGGUUUAUUAUUAUUAAAUAUUAAUUACAAUGGCAGAAAAUGUAUACGAAUUAAGUAAAAAUAAAGUUCAUUAUUUCUUACUGUAAA